UUUAGUUUCAAACCGUCUGCAAAGAGCGGCGGGGUGGUUGCUGCCGCUUCUUGGAGCGCGGGCGAUAUAUAGAAGGGAGACAGCGCGGCGGCUCAGAGAGAUGGUUCGUUGAUAGUGACGAUCACAACAACCCUUUUGGCCCGCGGGAGAGCAGAAGCCCCGGCACCGGGGGGAGAAUUACCGCGGAGGCUAGCCGCGUCGAGAGGGGCGAUUUCCCCGGCGGCUGCCUGACGAGAGGCGUUGCUUUCCCCGCUCCUCUUCCCUCGCGGGUUUGGGUUGCGGCAGCGGCGCCUUUGCGAAGCGGCUGAGUGGCUCCGCAGGCCGGCAGCAUGGGCGUGGAGAGUCCGGGCGAGUGGCCGGUUCCGCGACGGCACGGCCGGCGGCGGGUCCGCCUGAUGUGCAUGCUGGCGCUGACUUUCGGCUUCUUCGUGGUGGAGGUGGUGGUGAGCCGGCUGACGUCGUCGCUGGCCAUGCUCUCGGACUCCUUCCACAUGCUCUCCGACGUGAUGGCUCUGGUGGUGGCCCUGGUGGCCGUGCGCUUCGCCCAGCGCACCCGCGCCACCAAGAAGAACACCUUCGGUUGGGUGCGGGCCGAGGUGAUGGGCGCCCUGGUCAACGCCGUCUUCCUGACCGCCCUCUGCUUCACCAUCUUUCUGGAAGCCAUCGAGCGCUUCACCGAGCCCCAUGAGAUCGAGCAGCCCUUGGUGGUCAUCGGCGUCGGAGCCGCCGGCCUGCUCAUCAACGUCCUGGGGCUCUGCCUCUUCCACCAGCACGGCGCCGGCGGCCACGGCCAUUCCCAUGGCGGGAACGGAGGGGGAAGCCACCGGCGGAGCGGUGCCCGGGCCGGCAAGGCGGAGCCGCCUCCCGACGACCUACAUAAAGAAGAGGAGACCAACACCCUGGUGGACAAUUUCAACAGCUCCAAUGGAGUCAGCCUGGAGAAGCUGGGUGAUGCAGUAAAAGACAGCCAAAUGGAACUGCAACCAAAUGGAAAUAUUGGCAGUCAUACCUCUUUAGACAUGGAGAUUGACGAAGACACCAGUGGUCAGCUCAAUAUGCGUGGAGUGUUCCUUCAUGUUCUCGGAGAUGCCUUGGGUUCAGUUAUUGUAGUAGUGAAUGCCAUAAUAUUUUAUUCUUACUGGACUCCAUGCCCAGAGGUUGGGGAUUGCAUCAAUGUUUGUGUUAAUGACCACUGUAAAAACUCCACUCAGUUUUCUCCAGUGGAACUAGAGCAAAUCCCUAAAGCUGGUCCUUGUUGGGUUCUGUAUUUAGACCCUUCACUUUGUCUGAUCAUGGUUUGCAUUCUACUCUAUACUACUUAUCCUCUGCUUAAAGAAUCUGCUCUUAUUCUUUUGCAAACUGUUCCUAAGCAAAUUGAUAUUCGCUCUUUAAAUGAGAAACUCCGUAAACUGGAAGAUGUAGAAGCUGUCCAUGAAUUGCAUGUUUGGCAGCUGGCAGGAAGCAGGAUAAUUGGCACUGCUCAUAUCAAAUGUAGGGAUCCAGAAUCCUAUAUGAAAGUGGCAAAAGAUAUUAAGAACAUUUUUCAUGAUGAAGGGAUACACGCUACAACCAUUCAGCCUGAAUUUGCCAUCGUAAGCUCUGAUGAAGGUGUAAGUAAAUGUGAACUUCCCUGCAGAACCCAGUGUGCUCUGAAGCAAUGUUGUGGGACUGUGGAAAAGGCUACGGGAAAGAAGAUCGAAAAGUCCCCUUCAGUUAGUAUUUCUUGCUCAGAAAUAGUUAUUGACACUCCACAUCACAAAACCCGGAGGACUAAAUCAGAAUGCAUACCUGCUGUAAAAUUAGAAGCAGAACCUAACCCCAACAAACAGUUUGAAUCAUCUUUGUAACUUCUAAAGUUAUGCCGAAUGAAGUAUGGCUUCAAGUACAAAUUAAUUGCAAGAAAAAAAAAGACUAUUAAAAAGAGAAGUUGUAAAGAAAUGUAGAUAUUGAAAUUCUGUCCUUUUUACUACAGUGAAAUCCUGUUGAAAAGAACAUGCCGUCCUGACACAACAUAAUGUUUGUGUUAACUUGAGACUAAAUGACACAACGUUAAUACAUAACCAGUUUCAACUUUAUGCCUGAUGAAUUGAAUUAAAAAUUAAAAUGAUUCUUCAAAUGAAAUUUUCCCUUUUCCCUGAAAUUAGUUUGUAUUAAGCUUCUUGUUCUGUUUGUUGAUUUGUGUGUGUAUGUGUGUGUGUGAGAGAGAGACCUUUGUAAAAAUUACAACUAUUGGGAGAGGACACCAAACUUGGCAGAAUCUUUUCAAAAGGUUAGCCACUUAACGUGGUUACAUUUCCUAUUAGAUGAAUACUAUUUUAAAACAAAUAUACUAUGUAGCAUUAAUAAUGGAAAUUUAAAUAUAUGUCCAUUGACAAAUAUCCCAUGUUUGUAUUGGACCUGUGACAUAACAAAAAUCAGCUUACUAAAUAUGAAUUGGAAAAUUACUUGCAUAUCACCUGGACUGUAAAAGGUAUAAGACAAAAAUAGUUUACACUUCUUUUCUCCUUUCCUUAUUAUAUAAAUCUUAGAAUUUAAACUCUAUAAUAGAGUUUGCUGGGACUAGAACAGCCAGAGCUGGUCUCUGUCUUAGCAGUGUUAUCUAUGGUGUACUGGAAUAGAGAUAUUGCAUCUGAUUUUUAAGUAAAAAAAUGGAAAAAUGUAACAGAUCAAAUUCAUCAGCAUAUAUUUGCUAAAUUUUUAAUAUAUUUCUUACUUGUAAACAUAUUUAUGACUUAACUGUGCCAUUUUUUUUGUUGGAUAAAAUUACUUAGCUGAACUAUUCAAUUCAAAGUGAAUUCACAGCAGCUGAUGGAACAAGAUUGCUGCCUGCAGCACUGGCUCAGAUACCAUGAUACAUUUUAUUGGUGCAGCAGGAAUGAAUUGCAGCAAACUUGGAGCUGAUGGGCACACGCAUUUUCUCCAGCCUAUCCAUGACAACUAAUGAUAAGGUUUUGCUUAUUAGUUUCACCCAAAUCCUAAACCAUUAUCUUAAUUUAUUUUCAAAAUAACAUUCAAGGUAUUCAAAAAUUCAAGAAACAGGAUUGGAUUGGAUGGAAUUUCUGCUAGCCAUAGUUUGCCAGCUUUGGAAAAGCUAAAAAGUGAUUUAUCAAAAGAGAAGCAAAUACUUCUGGGUUUUCUUUUGGCUAUGUAAGAGAAGGGACUGGAAGGCAUGUGAGACAAAAUCUUUAUUCCAAUUAUAGUAAAUCCAUUUUCUCUUAACUGUAUUCCAUCUACAGUAAGUAAUAUGCCCAGUAGUUAGGAGCAGUGGGAUAAAUUAGUUCAAAACAUUUUGAAAGCACUAGAUUGCUGGACACUAUUAUGAAUGAUGGUUAUUGUGAUGUCGGAACGGCCUUCAGUCAGUACUCUUACUGUGACAGUUUGCAUAAUCUAAGACAACUCCUUCCUAAUUCAAUCUUAUAUUGGGAAGAUUUUAAAGGCAAUUCCACAAAAUACUUAGUAAAAUAAAUAGAAGAGGGCAUCUCAAUUCUGUUAGUCACUUGUAUGUGGAUUUAUAAACCUACUCUAGCACUAGUUAAAAGUUUUAAGCUGCAAAGUAG